CGAGCACGAGCACGAGAGUACGCACGGUUCCGCCGCUACGGAGAAGCCUAGCCGCUCUCGGUCGGAGCAGUCCGCGGCGAUUUUGGGCCCUCACGGUGUUCCCGGAUGGCCAUGCGUCGCCUCGACGAUCCAGUCGACGCCAGGCCGAAACAGACAGCCGUCGAGUUCGCGGGAAUCGCCAGCCACCGUCGGAGUCCUCGAAGCGGAAGCGAAAUCAUCGAACUCCUCGACGACGGUACCAUCUCGGAGAAGAAAGCGGAACGGCGAAGCCGCCGCCGCGCGACUCGCCUUCGGACAGUGUGCGCGGGACGUCGAAAGGAUCGCCUCGGAAUCGUCGAUCGAUCGGACGAUCGAUAGAGGGGUCGCGUUCGUCGGAGAGGACGGAUUUGACGAGUCCGUCGAGGUUCUAGCGCGACGCGCGUCCCAUUCGCAGUCGCGGUCGCAGUCGCCUCGCACGCACGCACGCACCUAAACUCGUCCGUACUCGCGUACGGUCCACCUAUCGCUCCGCGACCACGGCUCGACCGAGUCAGUGUUACUCUUGAUUUCCGCGCGAGCGCCAGCUCCGGCCCAGCCGGGACGAUACCACCGAUCCGCCGCGUCUCGAACGAUCGACGUCGACGUCUUCGGGACAGGGAUUCGUCUCGCUCGUGGAUCCGCUUCGCCAGCACCGCCCCAGUUCGCGACAAGGACUCCGGCCGAGGACCUUCGAGAUCCGAGGAUUCUCGCGAAGCUGCCGCGACGCGGCUGUCUCGUCGUCGAGGAGGUUCGAUCGAUCUGUGUUUUCGGACGGCCGCGAGUGAAUCUCUUCGCGUGAACUUUAACGCGCCGAGUAGAUAUAUAUAUAUAUAUACAUAUAUACGAGAUAAACCGUUAUCGAGGCGAGCGUGUAUCGCGAUCUGUAUCGAUCCGAUAAACGUAAUUCUCCAGAUGUGUUAACGAUCCGACAAGGAACGCCGAAGUAGCUCGGCGCGCUUCUUCGUUUUCCUCUUCGUAGUUUCCACGAGCUUUCGUUAUCGCGGACACGUGCGUCGCCUUGAACAAUUGGAAACCGCGCGUUAUUUUCCACGGAGCGCGAGGUGUGUCGGCGACCGUUUCUCUCGGUCCGCCGCGCCGUCGCGGUGCCGUCGCGAGGAGAACGAGAACAUCGAUUUGGAAUGUUCGCGUGGACGACGGAAAUCGCGAGUCGCGGGUGGCGAUUUCUCGAAGAAGCGAGCGAAAAGGUUUCGUCGCGACGCCAGCAUCGACGCCCGUUCGCCGACGGAAGGCGCAACCUCUCGUUGUCGGAACGAGCGAAGCCGAGCAGCUACCCGAACGGGAACCGCGCGCCCGUUACAUAACUCGAGGGUCCGAUCAUUCGAGGGCGGUGCGCGAAGACGCGGCCGCGCCGCCAAUUCGCGAUCCUCUCGAUCCGGACGCCGGGAAAAGGAUUUCGAUAAAUUUCGCAACUUACGAGCGUUUCGUCGGCGAGAUUCGAAUAAACGACGGAAAAAGAGGAAAGAAGCUCGUUACGGGUUCUGGGAUCCGACGGAUUCUCGAAACCGGGCCGCGAGGACCAAAGGGGACCGGUCGUCCCGCCGCGACUCGCUCGGUGGCCGCCGAGCGAACGCGUAAAACGAUCGUCGUUAUCGGCGUUGCGCACCUCGCGGAUAACGCCGCGAGGAGAGGACCGAACGAGAGAGAGAGAGAGAGAGAGAGAGAGAGAAUCGUCGUCGAUCCCGAACGUCGAAAAUUACCGCCGCCUCUCUUGCCGGGAAAUUCCACCGGCGCCCGGGGGUGGUGGAACGGCCGGUACGCGCCGGGACAAGGACCGUCGGAAGGAAGCGGACGUUGCGCGCGUAGCACCGACGUCUCGGGGCGUCAUACUCGUCUCGGCAGUAAUGCGCGCAAAUUAUGCGGUUCCACGGAGCAAUGGCCAGUGAGCAGCGGGCACCGGUCGCGCGUUCACGCUCGCGGAUAGUCCGGCGUCCACCGAUCCUCGUGUCCCACCCCCCUCGCUCCUCCUCUUCCCCUUCGUAUUCUUUGGACGGUUCGCCACGCCGCGCUUUCUCGGCCCUCUCUCCCCGCUCGCCGUUCCUAGGCCAGACGCCGGCCGUCCCGUUCCCUCUCUCGCGGCGCCGUUAAAGAAACGAUAUCCCGUCCGUUCCGAACACACCGCGCGCUUUCGGCGUCGUUUAUUCGUGAAAUUCGCUCGGCGUCCAUGCGCGCGCUCCGCGCGCAGUUUCGUUCUACGCGACGCGUCGUACCGUGCCUCGUCUCGCGACGCGCGAAUCGCGACUCUCGUCCUGCGGCCGGGCAAGGUGCGAACCGCUGCGAACGCCCCCUCCCGCGCUCUUCGCCGCCUUCCGCGAACACGUCCUGUCGCGCUCGCGGUCGUGAACGACAUCUUUCGACGAACUUCCGAGGAACCGGAUUCGCCCGGCUCCCUUCGUCUCGCCUGCUCGCUGCACGCUGCUCGCGAUCGGAGGGCGAGGAACGAUUCGCGCGACCUGCGAGACAGCUCCGCCGAUAGCGGGUCGGGGAGAGCGAGAAUGACAAACUCGAUCACCCCGCGUGGUGUUUCGAGCAAGUGGGCGAGACCGAUCCCGUUUCAUCCGGUGCGGACGUCGAGCUAGACGGGCCCCGGAGCUUUCGGAUGUUUUCUACGACGGACGCGACCGCAGCGACGCGUCCGUUCCGCCGAUCGUCGGAGAUACGAGAUACGCGCGCGACGCUGUCGUCGCAUUCACGGUCACCGGUGAAAAUAGGCGGGUACCGUUAGUCCGGGUUCGGUUCUAGUUUGUCUCGAAAAGUGGACAGGCGUGCGUCGCGAGUGCAAUUCCUUGGGAUUUCGAGGACCGUGAGCGCGCGCGCGCGACUGCUCUCGGAAGCGCAGGGUACGCGUUACGAGAUCGAACGGCCUAUCGGGCGCCGUCGUCGAAACCGACGACUCGACGCACGCUCGGGGUGGACCUUGGAGAUCGCAACCGUUGGUUCGGUCUUCGUUUAUGGAAUUUGAAAAACAUCGGCCGUGGUGCUCGACGCGCGUCGAUGAUAAUUGUGAAAAUUGUUCAGUGACGGAAGACCUCCCGCAUCGUCGUGUCAAGGAUAACUCGCGCUAUCUUCGCUUACCAAACUCUCUACGAAUGCUACCCGCCGAACUUCGUACGACGCUCGUUUUGAUCGGCGUAGGAGCCAUGUCACCGGAUCCGUGCCACGGAUCGCGAGAAAUCGGCGUAGAACCGGGAGAAUCGGAUCGCCUGCCGGACACGCUUCGGAUCGAGUGAAACGGAGGAGGACGCGGAUCGAUCGACUCAACGAGGACGAGAGAUCGGCCCGGCCCAGGUCCGGCCCAGGUCCGGCCCAGCAGCUCGCAACCUACGGCCUCCCCGCUGGCCCGGCCAGCUACUAUGCGAAUUGAAGCUCUCGGCAUCCUCGUCGCGGUGGUUUGGCUGACCGCAGUCCUGUGUCCGCGGCUCGUUGCCGCCAACAACCUGACGUUAUCUUUCUCUUCUCGUAGGACCAGAGAACAUCCUUUCAGGGGACAUAUCUCUCGCUGGACGCAGACCUCGGACGACACGACCAAGCGGAUGACUUAUCGAGAGAUGAACAUGAUUCUGCGACAGGAAGGAGGCGAGGACGGGCUUCCAGUCGAUUGCUGCCCUACGGUAUUGGAAAUGGUGGAACCGGUCGGCGGUCGAAAUCGGGACGACAUGUACGUCCAGCUCUAUCGGGAUGGCCAGAACGCUCAGAGGUUCUUCGAGUACUCCUGCAGGCCAGACGUCCUCGACAAGCCGUGCAGGUUCAUCGACCGGAAGUUCAGUAACCAGUCCAGAUGCGUGCAGAACUUCUCGUACACUUACGCUAUCAUUGAAAAUUCUGGAUCGAAGAAGAGCCUGAAAGGGGAGCACAAGAGGCAUCACAGGGAACGUCUGACGUUCACCGCGAACACGGAGGGUGGAUCGAUGUGGACGUUGGACUACAUCAGGGUUCGGAGCGGCUGCAGCUGCGAAGUCAUGCCGAAGCCGAAACCGAAAAAGAAGAAGAAGUGCAAGAAGUGCAAACCACGGGGGGACCAAGACCUCUUCGACUCCGAGACGUGAGAUCCGUGGAAGGUUCUGGGAAGUCGGCGCGGUCUUCUACCUCGAACCACCAUGCUCCACCGUGAGCGAUACCACCGAUCUCGAUGAUUCGAGCACCGUCGAAGAAGAUACCUCCGGAAACGGUAUGCUCCGAGUGUCGCGUACGUUGAGACUGAGAAUUUCGAUUGCCCGAUUCAACGAUGAAAGAGAUGAAAACGUUACCAAUGCCAGGGUUCGCUUUCGUACCUGUGCCCCCGAUACGUUCCCCGUAUUCGCAGGGUCCGACCGUCGGAUCGCGGAUUUUCGCGCCUUUCCAAUAUCUCUCUCGUGUUUCUACCGAUAUGUCGUCGACGCGCGACGGAGCUUGUUUUCUUUUUUUUAUUAUUAUCCUAUUUAUUAUUAAUGUACCGUUAAAGUUUAGCGAUAGAUAUCGGGGAGGAGAUAUUGCCAAACUGUAUUCGAGCCGUUCUUAUCAGGACUAAAUUUAAGCUGUUGAAAGUUGAAAGUUGAAAGUUGAAAGUUGAAAAGACGUGGUCGAGUCGAAUUUCGUUGCUCGAUCGAGGUCGGCUGUUUCGAAGAAAAGAAAGGAAACGCUUAUCAGGACUGCAAUUUCGAAUUCCGCGACGGUUUUAAAGUUUCGAAGUAUUCUGAUAAUAAUAGUCUAGCGUAAACUAUAGUAUCGUAAUAGAACCAACCGACUUCGU